UUACAGAACUGAGUGUCCUGCAGCAUUUAUGAAAUCCACCAGUAAAAGCAUUCAUUGAUGGCAUUUUAAUGGAAUUUCACCGCAUUUUACGGCGUUCUGACACAAAACGGAGUUUUUGCAGCACUUUUUAACCAGAGCGUGGAGAAAGUGGUGAUUUUUGGCACUUCUGGCUUUCCAUAGGUGGACGUCAAAGAAACGCGCCUGCUCGCGUUCAGGAACCUCCUCAGUCCACACCCUGCUGCUGCUGCUGGACCCAGAAGUUCUGACUGAGGUCAGAACGUGUUCCUGAGGAGAACCUCGGCAGAACCUCUGCAGGUGAGACCGUCAGGUGUGGCCUGAGGACACCUGAAGCAGGUAGAUCCCUCCGCGGUUAGUUUCCGGUCUCCGGCGGCUCGUUCCUCCGGGACCCGGUGGGCCGCGGGACCGAACCGGACCCUGUUGAGAACCAGUUUAAUGACUGAUGAGACUCAGUGACAGAGAACUAAUGACAGAUCAUUACUAGACUGGAAAGCUCUUAAACAGUUUGGAGUUCCUUCAUUGUGCCCCCCCCGGCAGUCAUCCACGCAAAACUGGUUCCGGCCGACAGCUCACCACCUCGCCUAAGCAAAUUCCUGCAGGAACACUGACAGGGUGGAGACAUGUCCUCUCAGGGUGGAGACAUGUCCUCUCAGGGUGGAGACAUGUCCUCUCAGGGUGGAGACAUGUCCUCUCAGGGUGGAGACGUGUCCUCAGACCAGGAGGAGCCUUCCACUGCAGAGACACAGAAUGGACAACUGAUGCCAGAACCGUGUCGUCUCUCCUUGGACCCGGAGACGGCCAGCAGCUGGCUCCUUCUCUCUGAGGACCUGCAGAAGAUCACCGUUUCAGACCGCUGGCUCAACUAUCCUGACAACCCUCAGCGGUUUAACGGCGUGCUGCAGGUUCUGUGCAGGGAGGGGCUGAGCGGGCGGCACCGCUUCGACGUGGACUGGAUGAGCGCUGAUAACCGGCACGCUGUGGGCGUGGCCCUGGCGUACCGCAGCGUUCCCAGGAAGGGAACACUCCGCGCUCCGUUUGGCUGCAACGCCGCCUCCUGGUUCUUCGCCGCAGAGAGAGACGCUCUGAUCGCGCGGCACGACGGCCAGGAGUGGAGCUACGACGUUCCUGACGACGGCUACGACAGAGUGCGGGUGUGUCUGGAUCACGAUGGGGGGGUUCUGUCCUUCUACCUGCUAAGCCAAGGCGUGCUGCGCCACGUUCACACCUUCAGGGCCAAAUUCACCCAACCUCUGCACCCGGGUCUCUGUGCUGGCUUCACCUCCAGCUUUGCUGCGUUCUGCUGACGCCGGGUCGCCUGCAGAACCUCCAGAACCUCCAGAACCAUUUCCACUCAUCCCAUCCAGACCCAGACAGCUGCGCUUUGGUUCCUCGUCUCUAAAACCAGCAGGUUAAACAACUCUUCAUGACCCGGGGAAACCCAGUCGGCUCUCAGAGAUGAGCGGACCGGGCCGGCACUGAAACCCUGAGGGACCACAGAGAGCGAAGCUCAGAGCCGAGCAGACCGAAAAAAAAACUGUUUCUAUUGUUUUUAUUCCAAUUAUUCGCUAUAGACAACAGAAUUAUCCAUAUGGACGUUCCUCCUUACAGCUGAGGAACCUUUCAUGGUCUCCAGGAAGCUUCGCCCACAGGUUCUGUAUCAGAUUCAGUUCUGGACUGAUCCGCUCCAAACGUCAGUAUCACUUCCUGACAGACGGGGGUCAGAUUAAUAGACGGCAAACCUAAACCUGCCGGGGUGUGAAUACUUCUGGCUAGCCCUGCUCUUAAAUCUCUUCCUGGUCCACCAGCAGCAGGCGGGGGGGGGGGGUACCAGCGAAGGUUAAAAUCCCAUUACUGAGAUGCUGGAGACAACAGAGAGGAGUUUCCUCUGGCUGCGUAACAGCACUGCCCCUCCCCUACCUGUUGCUGAGCACUGCCAGUCAGCUGACUGCAGAUAGCCUGACUAACUGAGCCGCUGGUUCAACUGCAGAGAGUAAACAGCAGAAUGAUGAAGCUUUUUCUUAGAACCACUGUAAACAAAGAGGUUCCUGAUCUAAACCGAAUUAUUAAUCAUCCGUUUCAGUGUUCGUCAUUUUAAAAUCCCGACUUUGUGUUUUUCUCUGCAUGUUAUUUACAGCCCUGCCUGCUCGCUUUCUGCGAUGAAUUACAGUGUGGAUCGCUCUAACAUGAACAGUUCUUGCUUUUUUUAUUUUCUAUGUCUUGCAGAAGUUGUAUGAAAAUAGCUAAAUGCUGCCGGCUAUCGUGUAAUAAUCCUGGUAUCGCAUUCCUGAGGCAGCAGGAACCGCUGUUCCUCUUGUGUUCUGGAUCCAACUGUUACAUCAUUUAUGUUUCAUUUAAAACGGUCAAUCUGAUGGUUUUACGUGUCGGAUCAGCCGGGGAACCUCGGUUCUGCUGGUCAACAAACUUCACUGCUGGUGAAACCGCAGACAUCUCUUCUUUGGGUUUUGGUUCCUUGAUGCUUUUUAUUGCUUUUAAAGUUUUCAGUGACGCAAUAAAAAUCUUUGCUUGUCCAAACAUUUUUUUGCAUUAAAGGUUUUUCUGACUGAGACUGAUUUAAAGCUUAGUCUCUGUUGGUUUCAGAGUAUCUGAUGGAUGCAUUCAGUCUGGCCCAUAGUCUGGUGUCGGUUCUGUACGGCGAGCUGGUUGCUCUGCAGCUUUCUGACUGACAAUCAAAAA